GACAGUUCAGCUUCGGAACACAGGGACAGCUCCCAGGUGCUGAAAUUGUCGAGCAUCAAACCGAACCGUCUUCUACAGUAAAACAUUUGUAUAAAAACAGAAAAAGCCACUGACUGACAUUCGUGCCUUCGACGCAGAUGGCUGCCACUCAAGGGAAGGAGGGCGGGGAUCAGAACUUUGACUACAUGUUCAAGCUGCUGAUCAUUGGCAACAGCAGCGUGGGUAAAACCUCCUUCUUGUUCCGCUACGCUGACGACGCCUUCACCUCAGCCUUCGUCAGCACCGUGGGCAUUGACUUCAAAGUCAAGACCGUCUACAAGAACGACAAGAGGAUUAAACUGCAGAUCUGGGACACAGCGGGACAGGAGCGGUACCGGACGAUCACCACUGCAUACUACCGGGGAGCCAUGGGCUUCAUCCUAAUGUAUGACAUCACCAACGAGGAGUCCUUCCAUUGUGUGCAGGACUGGUCGACCCAGAUUAAGACCUAUUCUUGGGACAACGCCCAGGUGGUGCUGGCUGGGAACAAGUGUGACAUGGAGGAGGAGAGGGUGGUGGCUGCAGACAGCGGGAGACAGCUGGCAGAACAACUGGGUUUUGAGUUCUUUGAAACGAGUGCCAAGGACAACAUCAAUGUCAAGCAGACCUUUGAACGCCUCGUUGACAUCAUCUGUGACAGGAUGUCCGAGAGCCUGGACACUGAUCCUGCCGUUACCACGGGAACACCUAGCGCCAAACUGACAGACAGCGCCCCGCCGCUCCAGCAGUCCGCCUGUAACUGUUAGUGGCUCCUCCCGCUUCCUGUGUUUCGAAGAUACCCAGUCCCUUAGAUAUAGGCUGCAUCCUAAAUGGCACCCUUCUCCGUACAUAAUGCACUACUUUUGACGAGGGCCCAUAGGGCUCUGGUCAAAGGUUGUGUACUUUAUAGGAAAAAGGGUGCCAUUUGUGACUCAACUGUAGUCUUAAAGUAGGGGUGCACAACUAAGGUCCUGGAUGGCUGCAGCAAAGGCAGAUUUUCCUCCUUGCCUUUUAAUCAGAGAUUGACUUGUAUAAAUACUGUAGGUGCACUCUCUGGCCAAUCAGUGACAGUAGUCCAUCAGUUAAGUGCCAGGAUGGAAGGAAACUCAGCAGGACUGCGGACUGGAGUUGUGCACCCCUGUCUUGUAGUAUUCUGAUGUGUCAUCUGACCACUUUUAUCAUCGUACAUCAGCCAGGGCUGCAGACUGUUUCUGUUCUCUUGACAACUCCUUAUGGAAUUGUCAAACAUGGAGUUGGCAAGAGCACUGAUCUGUGACCAGGCACGCAAUCAAAUGUCUGUCCCUCUAUAGCUGUGUUGAGGUACAGAUCUUCACACUUUUACCUAGAAACACAGAUGGUCUGAAUAUGUCUGAUGAGUAUGUCUGUGUCGGCCUUACAGGAUGCCUAAUGAUAUGACACUACAAACAUCCAUUAUCCUCUUUAGCUUACCUUACAACAUUAAAAAUGAUGCUUGUAAAGGCUGUUAGAAUUCAACGUGUGGUCCAUGCACUGCACAGUAGCCUUCCAACUGGCUUCAAAUACUUCAAAUAUUCAAAUUCUAUUAGGAGAACCCAGAGCUUUGUCACUGUUUUUAUUGACCAUCCUAAAACUUGCAGGGGAUAAAGUUAUAAUCAGUGCAUUCAUUUAUUUAGCCAUCUAGUUAUGCAUUUAUUAUGUUUGUGUUACAUAUUGUCUUCUGCCGAAGCCAAAAGAUAUUCCGUGUACUGUAGACAAACUGGUAGAUGGUAGCUGAUUUCUGUUUGGUGUGUGUGUGUGUGUGUGUGUGUGUGUGUGUGUGUGUGUGUGUGUGUGUGUGUGUGUGUGUGUGUGUGUGUGUGUGUGUGUGUGUGUGUGUGUGUGUGUGUGUGUGUGUGUGUGUUUUUAGGAAGAGUGAAUGAGUGUGGCAGUGUGAUAGAUUUCAAUCAUCUACCUUGGGAUAAAAAACAAAUGUGGCCUUUUAGUAUUUCCAACAUGGCCUCUUCUCCUUUAUGGUCACCUGCCACAUUGAUUUCAUACUUCAUGAAUAUCCUACAUUGUGUCUGUGAGUACUGUAUACUGUACAUGUGCAUUUGUAUUAGUAGUCCUGAUAUGCCAUCUGAUGAGUGUGUCCACAUUUCUGCAAAACUGAAUAGAUCCUCUUUUUCUAGUCUUAUUAAGAAGUUUGACAAGUGUGCUGUCAGAUAACCAAUAACCCGAAGUUAUGUUGUUCUACCCAGACAAUUACAGUUAUCUUUACCCAAACUACAAACCGACCCUUCCCUCGUAUCCACUUCCCGAAGAGAAAGAAAAUAAAAAAUGACCACAGCCAAGAUAUGAUAUGUUAUGACAGGUGGAUACUGAAGCCAUGAUAGAGUCUGUCUGACGGGAUAAACAUCAAUAUUCUCCGAAACAGUAUUUUUAGGGAGAAUGGUGUCCAUAUUUCAUAUACCUAAGAAAGUGCACCUUUUCCACAUCCUUGAACCACGUUGUUAUUGUCUCCAUCCUUGGCUGAAGCAAAUUGUCCUUUACAUAUAGGAUGUCGUGACAGUCCUGUACCUCCCAGUAAAGAUAAUCUACCAUAUAAUGGGGGAAUAAGUACAUAAAACAUUUGAUAACUGUAAUUGUGCCAACAAAAAAAACUGUCUGUAGUUUGUUUUACAUCGUGUCUUUGCAUUGAAAAUGGAAGGUUCAAAAAAGAAAAGUAGCAUGAAGACAUUGAAUUAUCUAUAUUUAUAUAUCUAAGGGUGUAUGUUAUCUAUGUUAUAGAUAUAGAAUUAAGUGCAUCUUCAUAGCUUUGGCUGUGUGAUGCAAUGGGCCAACAAGUGCAAUAUUUUAGGAAUUUAUUUCUGUACAUAGUCCUUCUAGUACCGUAUACCUGCAGUUGAGUGACUGGUCUGAUGUUGUAUUGUAUGGCACUGCAAGCAUCACACUAAGAGUGUGUGUGUGUGUGUGUGUGUGUGUGUGUGUGUGUGUGUGUGUGUGUGUGUGUGUGUGUGUGUGUGUGUGUGUGUGUGUGUGUGUGUGUGUGUGUGUGUGUGUGUGUGUGUGUGUGUGUGUGUGUGUGUGUGUGUGUGUGUGUGUGUGUGUGUGUGUGCGUGCGCUUUAUCUGGGAUUUGCAGUGCGGUGAAGUAGUGUAAUGGGUGUUUAUUACUUAUUGUAUGCGUGUACCUUUUCUAUGGAUGUAUUCAUGCACUAUAUACUGUUCCUGCUAGCUAUCUGUUGGUGAACUCGUACUAUACAUCAAAAUGCAGUAUUGUGGAAGAUAGAGAAAUUAGGGUAUGUCAUAUGCUGUACUGAUAUUAAGUCUAUGUUAUAAAAAAGGGAAAUAUCUCGACUCCAACAGGAUGUUGUCUGUGUGAGAUUAUUAUUUACCUGUACAUGAAUAGUAGCCAUUACCCUGCUGAGAUUGAAACCUCAAACAUCUCUACAUUCAAAUUCCCUGUCAUCUACUUCCUCAUCUGUGAUUAUGCAUAUUCAUGACCUCCACUAUUCAGCCCACUGGGCACAGACGUCAAUUCAACGUCUAUUCCACGUUGUUUUGUACCUUCAAGUGCAAGCAAUGUACAAACUAUGUGUUUAAGAUGAUAGGAAAUAAACAAAUUGUAUUCA